CCCCUGGGGGUUUAAAUGCUUGUGCUACACCAAAAUUUUUCCUCUUUCUCUCCGCAAAGACCCCCCAAAGAAUCAACAGGAGCCAUCCAUGUAUAUCUAUGGCACAGGAACAGCUUGCUUAUGCAACUAAACAUAGAACUAUGGAUACAUCAGACUAUGAUUCAGCAGAUGACUUUAUACUUACACAGCGGUCUAAUUCACCCAUGUAUGAACCCUUAACUCCCCCUUCCGAAUCAGAAGAACCAGAACCGGGACCGGGACCGGAACCAGAACAAGAACCAGAAGCAGAAGCUCACAGGGCACAGUCCAAAUCAAAUACCUCAGCAGGAAGUGUGAAAAGAAAGCAGCUGUUUGAGGUCAAACAAGUACCAGAGGAUUUGCCUGAGCUCCUUAUCACAGAUGAAGAUCUAACAGCCAACCAAGUACAAGUGGAAUUACCAGAGAUCAUUAUCACAGAUGAUGAGGAUCUUACAGUCAGCCAUGUGCCAAUGGUUUUGCCAGAGAUUGUUAUCACUCAUGAUGAUCUUCCCGGUAAGCCCAAGGUCUCUGCAAAGCAGGGGCAGCCGUCUGCAAAGGGAUGCAAUGUUAACCAGGUAGCUGAGGGUUCUGGUGUUAACAAUAGCGUACAGGAGCUUCCAGGGGAGCCUGGUACCUCUGAAGGAGGGAGAGUGAAAAGAGCUUUGAAAAGAAGACAUCUUGGCCAACCUCAUCAGUCAGAAGGAGUUCCUCCCGUGAAGAAAUAAAAAAAACAGGAACAUGAGGAAUCGGAACUUGCUGGUGAUGCUGUGCAACAGCGGCCUGACCAAGCCCAGGUGCUCAUAUUUGCAAAGGAGCUAAUGGAAGCUGGUGAACGUCUAACUCAGUUGAGCCACAAGAUAACAGAAAAUGAAAAGAGCAUCACAGAGA